AUGGGCGACGAGGGACCCGCCUCGCCGGAUGGAAAUGAGAUGGAGACGGCCGCCGCGAUGGGAAUACAACCCCGAGAAGUGCCACAACACCUCCAGGGCGAAUCGCUGCUGCAUUUUCUGCACAAAACGGUGCCCGUGCUCGGCUCAACCCCGGACAAUGCGGCCCUGUUUCGCACGCUGAUGGAGUUGGCGUACAGCCCGAUGCCGGCCAUAGCCUCCGGCUUCUCCGGUCUUCCGCUCGACGAGCUGCGCGAGGGCUGCAUGAGCCUUUUGGAGGAAAUGUUCUCAAAAAUGCUGCCAAGCGUCCACCAACAGCCCGGCGCAAUGCCCGAGAUGCUCAUGGAAUUCGCCGAGGGCCCGCAGCUGCAAAUGCUGAUCGAGGCGUCGCUGCGGAAUGUCGGCCAUAGGAAUUCGAUCCUGCUCCGCUACCUCCAUAUUCUGACGAUCGGCCUCGGCGAAGUGAAGGGAGUCGACGUCAUCUGCCGCUACAUCUUCACCAUCACCGACCCGCCGCAUCCCGAAUCGGAUCCGGAAAACCGCUCAUGCCAGGAUCUGGUUGAAAUCCCCUUUUUCCAGCUGGAAGUUCUCUGCGCCUACCUGGCCACCGUCGUCCCGUACAUGCCGGCGUUGAUGGGGCUGAGCUACGAGGUGCUGCUCGACCAGUGGACCGCCUUCGAUCGAGAGGUCAAGGGAAAAGGCGACAACUCUUUCGAGAACUCGCUCCGCUGGCUGCUCACCCUGCGCAUUCUCAUCCAGCUCGAGAAGGGCGCCAAGGAGGGACAGCCGAUCAAGUACAACGGAUUCCACCCGGGACCCAACACCGGCCCCCUGCUGACAAAGAUCAUGAGCUGGCUGCUGGACAGGCUCGAGACGGCCGUUGAGAACAACGACACGCAACGCGUUUGCGACGCGGCGAUGGCCGUCGAACGUCUGCUGGGCGCCCUCGGCAGCGGUGUCGACCGGAAGGCGCCCCUUCCAAACCACCCGGGCAAACAGCAGCUGCUCCUCAUCGGCACGCGCGACAUCUACAAGCUGUCCAUGCAGCUCGCCAAGCUCCUGCAGCUCGUCCUCUUUGCCGUUGAUUAUCGAGAUCAUCCAACCCCUCAACAGUCGGAUCCCCUCGACGCCUUCGUGCUCCUCCGCAAUGCCAUCUCCCACUUUUACAACGUCGAGAUGAGCCACCUGUGCUCGUACUACAUCCAAUGGCUCAUUCUGUGUUUCGUGGAUGGCUGUCUGCAGGAUGGAAGAAGGCUUUUUGCCGAAUAUGUCGAACUCGCCCACGAUACGCCCACUUUUCUGGCCUCCGAAUUUGACGCCGAUUUCGCGGACGACACGUUGAACCUGUUGGGGCAGUUAGACGGGCUGACAAAGCGGAAACAGGCCCAUCAACUGGCACACACGGGCAUCAUUGGACAGGGAAAGAGCCGGGCACCGCCUCCGCCUACGGUGCGCGACCAGUUGCGCCGAAUGACGUUCCUCGACUCGGUGCACCAGAUGAUGAGCACGGUGGUGGGCAGGGAGAGGCAGAUGAAGACCGCCAGGGCUGUGGCCAAUCUCCUCCUCCAUCGCGUCUGCGGCGAUUCCGUUGGAGCCGAUUACGCGUUCGCCGACUACGACCUGGAGAAAGAGAUGAUCAACAGAUACGUGGUGAUCUCGCGGCGGCUGUCGACGUCGGUUUGCGAUGGUCUACUGGGGGCGCUCUCCUUUUUCUACCCAAUCACCCACUACCUCAUCCCCGUCAUCAAGGCGGCUAUUCUCGAAUCUAUGGCUCUCCUCGAAUCGUCGUACGACCGCCUCGUCCAGCCGCCCGGCGAGAAAAUCCUCCACAAAAUCGACACCUGGAUGCGAAUGGGACUCAAGGCCGGUCUCCUCCCCGCCUGCCUGUGCCACAUUGGUGAGCUGCUGUCGCUGUGCUCCUCCUACGAGGCAUUCCUCAUCAUCCACGAAAUAUACAACCAUUUCAAGCUUCAACCCGACCUCCACGCCGACGCCGAGGAGAUGUUCGCGCGGGCCGUCAGGGGCGAGGCGUGCAGGCAACAGGAAACGAUGCGCACCCCGGCCCUGUACGAGUUGAUGAUCGCCAUCCUGCAGCGGGACAUGGCCCAGCGGGGCCGCUUCUUCGAGGAGAUCUCCCUGCUCAUGCCGUCAGCCGACGCGCUAAUGGAGACUGAGGCGAACGGCUCGAGCUCGGCGGCCGCCACGGUACAGGAUAUUGCUGAACCGCUACAU